AUUCUGCUUUACUUUCACCUCUACUGCAGGUUUGUAGUGGUCUCUAUUGAUGUCUAAUGUGGCUCCAUGUAGCAGAGACACCCAGCUUCUUGGCUCGGAAGGUGAAGCAUUUUCUGACUGAAGAGUCUGCAGCAGCUAUAGUGACUCUGGGAGGCUCUGAGCUAUUUUAGUUGUUAGAAAAUUCUCCUUAAUUCUACAAAAUAUGAAUCUCCAAGCUCAAUUCUCGAAUACGUUGAUCCAUAGACCUCUUCACAUAUCUCACAUGCAUUUGCUGUCUUACCUCAUUCACUUGCAUGAGGUCCAAAGUUGACAUCUCUCUCCUUGAGUUCAUCCGGUUUCAAGUCGCAAUAAUCAGGUAAUCAGAGGCUAAUGUACUGCCAUAAUCUAUAGAGUGAAAGGAGAUAUAAAACACAGAUGCUUUAAAAUUGGCAAGAAAUCAACUUAACGAUGUAAAGAGAACGUAACACCUGUCGUACCAAUAAUUGUAAAUCUUUUAAAGAUGUCUUUAUAGGUACUUUGACUGCACACAGAGCCUGCUGUAGAAAGGUUCAUUGUGAAACAGCAAGAUCUGCUGUUUUAACAUUUGCAUGAGAAGAAAAUGGGUUCUUUGCAUGUAAACUGUAUAGUGUGAUGCAGCUCACAAGUUUUCGAUUUUAGAGAAAAGGUCAGAUUUGACAGCAGAUUCUCAGGUCCGCUAAUGGUAGGUGCUGAAUUUUGAGAUGCAGAAAAUAGCAGCGUUGUGACACGUUGGUUUGGCUGUCAACUCUGUGUCAUCCUCACGCCAACACGUUGUGUCUUGUGAGUGUUGAAGCACCAUGAACGUAAGCAGACUCCCCAAAUACCUAGUGUCAGUUUCUGCGGCCAAAUUGACUGCCUAACAAUAACUUUAUUACUGUUCCCAGCUCCACAUUAUGUUUUAAAAUUGCAUUGUCUAUCCUGUUACAUUUGAUUUAUUUUAAAGGUUUACGCACCAGAAGUAUAUUUACUGGUGUUGCCUUCAUAAUUUGUUACAGGCCGAAACCAUUUUAAAAACGUUAAUAUUCUUAUUACUCAUGUUUUGGUAAUGUCCAUAGUUGGCCCAAUACCAGAGUGAACAUGAACGCGGACGAACAAUCAAAACAAUUACAUGUUUUUACAAUUGGGCUUCCUUUAUGUUUCACCAGAAAUAUUUUACUAUCGUAAUCACACAUAAUUUGAUAUGAAGCAGCUACUUGCUGUACGACUACACACUGUGAGGAUGAGUCCUGCUGAGUUCUGCAUCUUUGUUAAAGAGAGUCAUACAUUUCAUUUAGAUCUAUGACACUGCUUCAUACUCGUGAGCAUGGAAGAAAAGUCAAUUUGGGGGAUUUAUUCAGUCAGUCAGCCUCGCAUACAAGACCUUUUGGAGGAAUUAGGAAAUAAGUACUGGUUCAAGGAAUUAUUUAAAUCCUUAAAUAAAAGUGGCAUUUUACUGUGGUAGACGUCAAAGUGCAGCUAAUUGUUUUUUAACAUUUUUUUUAUAUAGUGAGGUAGAUAACAAUGCAUCGUUAUUUAUAAGCUAUCAUACAUUACUAUGGAAAAUAUUACUAAAGUAACGAGUAUAUAGCUAUUUGAAAGAUUUAAUGCAGUAAAAUGUGCAUUAAAGUGGAAUAACCUGAGAUGGCAUGCCAGGCCCCAGCCCCAAUUUAAACCCACAACAUCAGCUGUGGAGGGCAGAUACCUUGGCAACCUGAACCACCAUAAUAACCACGUUAUAAUCAAAAGACUUCACAGUGCAUUUUGGGAAUAACUGACUUCAUCUAAAUAUAAUGUACACAACACAUUUCUAAACGUCAGAGACAAGGUCAAUGUUAGCAAUGAAAGCAGGUAAACAGAAUGUUUUGUUCCUCUCAGCAGCCAGAGUAGUGAGUCAGUGACCAACGGCCUCACUGCCCUCUUUCCUUUUCCCCCCAUCAGUGGAAAAGCACCACACAGAAGAGCAGAGGUGGGGUUCUCAGGCUGUAAAAGACCUCUCUGUCCGGACUUUGGCCUGCAGCCAGGCAGCGGCAGCAGAGACGUGUCAGACCAGGUACACCAACCAGAGAGGCACGCUUCAUAAACUCUACAGAGGUUCAACUCUCGAGCUGAGAGUGUUAUGACUCCCGAAUGACAUGCUGUAGAUGUAAUGUUGUAAAUCACUAAAAUAUAUACAGCCUCCUCUGAGUUCCGGACAAGGACUUUACGCUGAGUCAUCUUGAAGAUAAAAGCUGGACUUUGACUUAAGAGUAUCAUAUAAAGUAGAGGAGAGGGAACAGGAGGUUAUUUUACCCAAUAGAGAGAAGAAGAGAGAACGAAGCCAUGGCCAUGUGGAGGACAGCAGGAGCUCUACUGCUCAUACUGCAAACUGUGUUUGGCCAGAGCAGCAUCAGAUGGUGCACCAUAUCAGAUGUAGAGCAGAGGAAAUGUCAAGCCAUGUCGCAGUCUUUCGCCGAUGUCUCCAUCCGUCCGUCCCUCAGCUGCGUCAACGGUGUGACAGUCGAGGGCUGCGUUCAGAAACUACAGAAAAAAGAAGCAGAUGCCUUGUCCAUGUUCGGCACUGACAUCUACAACCUGGGGAAGACGGCUUCCUUCAAGAUGGCUGCCAGUGAAUCCAAACCUGAUCGUACCGGUGCUUCCUACUAUGCAGUUGCUGUGGUGAAGAAAGCAAAUUCUGGCAUCAACAUCAACAACCUGGCAGGAAAAAAGAGCUGCCACACCGGUAAAGGCCGAACAGCUGGCUGGAACAUGCCUUUAGGAUAUUUCAUAGACCAGGGCUACAUGUCUGUGGUGGGCUGCAACAUCCCCCAGGGUGUGGCACAUUUCUUCAAUGCCAGCUGUGUCCCCGGAGCAACUGAGGUGGGUGACCCCGCAUCUCUGUGUCAGCUGUGCAAAGGAGAUGAUCGUGGAGAGAACAAAUGUGAUAUGAGCAACAAAGAGAGAUACUUCAGCUAUGAAGGAGCGUUCAGGUGUCUGGCUGACGAUGCAGGAGAUGUGGCCUUCAUCAAACACACAACUGUCGAGGAAAACACUGAUGGUCGUGGUCCAGACUGGGCAAGGACACUGGUUUCAUCAGACUAUGAGCUGUUGUGUCGUGACGGCACCAGAGCUCCUGUCUCUCGGUGGAGAACAUGCCAUCUGGUCCGCGUCCCAUUUCGUGGGAUUAUUGUCAGAAAUGACAUCACUUCUUCUGUGGUGUUCAACAUGCUGACGGAGGGCCUGGAAAAGUCAAGCUUCAACAUGUUUUCGUCUGCGGCAUACGGCGGAGGAACUGUACUCUUCUCUAAUUCAUCCUCCAUGUUUCAAGGGACCGAGUCAGACGACCCCAAAAAGUGGAUGGGUCCCUUCUAUAAUAAUGCUCUGAGAGCCAUGGACUGUAAACGUGAAGAUGUGCUGCGGUGGUGUGUGUUGUCCAGCGGUGAGCAGCAGAAAUGUGCUGACAUGAGCGUGAACUUCCAAAGUAAAGGUCUGACUCCAAAGAUCAAUUGUGUCCACGGGGACUCUGUGACUGACUGCAUGAAGAAAAUCAAGAACAAUGAGGCUGAUGCCAUCACUCUGGAUGGAGGUUACAUCUACUCAGCAGGCAAAGAGUACGGCUUGGUCCCUGCUACCGGCGAGAGCUACACAGAGGACCGUGAUGGUGCCAUAUAUUAUGCAGUGGCAGUGGUGAAAAAGAGUAGUCUUGACAUCCAUAACUUAGACGACCUGCGUGGCCGUCGCUCCUGUCACACCGGAUACGGUCGCACGGCUGGCUGGAACAUUCCCGUGGCAACGCUGAUGGAGAGAGGCCUGAUCACCCCUCAGCACUGUCAGAUACCACAAGCGGUAGGAGGGUUCUUCAAGCAGAGCUGUGUACCAGGUGCCAACCAGCCCGGUUUCCCCGAGAACCUGUGUGGUGUGUGUGUGGGCGACAGCUCAGGACAGAACAAAUGUGAGAAGGGAAAAGACCUGUAUGAUGGAUACACCGGUGCCUUCAGGUGUCUUGCAAAAGGAGAUGGAGAUGUGGCUUUCAUCAAACAUUCUACUAUCUUCCAAAACACUGAUGGUAACUCUGGUGAAUCAUGGGCAGUGGAUCUCCAGUCUACAGAAUUCCAGCUGCUCUGUUCUCAGGACACUAAAGCAGAGGUCUCACAGUACAGACACUGUAACCUGGCUAGAGUCCCCUCCCACGCUGUAAUGGUACGGGCCGACACCAACAUCCACGCUGUCUAUGGACUCCUGGACCGCGCACAGACAUAUUUCGGCAGUGACACAGGUCCUGGUUUUAAGAUGUUUGACUCACAGUUCUACAAAGGCACAGAUUUCAUUUUCAAAGACUCCACUGUGCGCCUCGUGGGCGUUGGUGACAAAAAGACCUACCAGGAGUGGCUGGGCCAGGGCUACAUGGAAUCACUUGUCAACAUGGAGUGUAACUCAUCGAGUGCAGUGAUGUCCUCUGUAUGGCUGCUGCUGCUGGCCCUGUUCAGCUUCAUGCUGACCAACGUCUGGAUGUAAUGCGACACAGGUGUCCAGCCUCCUCUCCUACUCCCUUCCUCUCCCAUUUUGUCCAGUCCUCAUCCCUAACUUCUUUACAUUUCCUGUAUCCCUUUCUGUGUCUUCAGUCUCUCCGUGUCUGGCUCUUCUGUCCAGGUUUAUUUCUAUAUUCUCUAAUUAAUACACAGAAAUCUUCAGAAUUUAACCUUCUUCAAUUCACCCGUCAUAGCCCUAGUCCAGUCCGAUUUAGCCCUGCUUUCCUGAAGAGCCUUCUAUCCCUGAAUCUAUGUUUUUUAUUUAAAAUUGCAUCAUUUCUACCUGAUUCUAUGUUGUUUUAAUACACGAGAGGAUGACAUGUUGGAAUUGCCUUUGGAUUUAGAUAGUGUUAAACGAAGCACGUUGUCACCUGUUUUUCGUGGCAGAUAAGAAAGUUUAGUUGCCAAAGGGCUUUCAGCCCGUGUGAAUUCGACACGAUGAGAGAAGGUGUUACGGCCACUUUGUUUAUUGAAGGUUAGCUGCCAUAUCAGUGUGUAUGCUGCCACCUGUUACGUUGCUUUAGUGGUUUGUGCAUGCCUGUUUGAUUUUAGAAAGAACAGACAAAACUGACUUUUAACUUCACAUGAGUCACAUGUAAUGUUGUAACUUUUGGUUGACCACAGAGUUCCUAAUAAGAUCCAGGUCGCUUUACCUUUACUGUCUAUCUUGCGUAUAUGUCUGACAUCAGUGACCAGGUCCCCUAGAGAUGAGAUGAUUGUUCCGUCUCUCAUGUCUGCAAUAAGUUUGGAGCUCGAGUCAGGGGUUAAUCAUCUUAGCCUAAGCUUUCUCCUACUGGUACCUUUAAAACUGUAUGGAUUGUUACCUGCUGUAACUGACCCCAGAUCAGUUCCCCAUUUAUUAAAUGCUUCAUGUGAAUAUAGAAGUCAGAUUGCUGUUCUGUUCUGCUGCCACUUGCUCUGUGAGCGAACCAACACGGCCUUCCCUUAGUGUAGGCUGAGUUUAUAAGCUAAUGCCAUAUCAGUGAAUAUGCACUAGUGUUGCCUCCACGCAGAGCUGUGCUGGGGAUGGUGUGAUGAUGAGUGUUUGUCCAUAGGCUGUCUGCUUCAUGCAUUCUCCUCAAAUACCUACAAUGAAAGAUGAAUUAUUAAUUCAAAUAUAUUAAUUAUUCUCUUGUUAUUGAUGGGAACUUCUUUAGUCAGAAUACUUUCCACCUGCAGCCAUUUCUCACACUUUUUUAGCAUUUCAGUUCACACAUUUGACACAAAUCGAGCGGGUAACCCUGACACACCGGUCAGUUCCAUCAGAUUUGGGGAGAACAUAAAGGAAACAUCCUGUGGUUUGUGCUGGAGAGUGAAUGAGUUUUAGUUUUGUCUGGAUGAUUUAAAGAGGAGUUUGUGUCAGUUGAGGAAAGACAACAGGCUCAAAUAAGGACAUGUGAUUUUACCUUUUAGAGUUAAAUGUGGUGUUUUAUUUGCAUUUUGUUUGACUUAGAGAAAGGGAUUGACUCCAUUUGGGUUUGGGAAGGGAUUUGGCUUAAUAUCUCUAGUCAUUUAAGAGUGUCAAAGGACUAUAAAAGUAUUAAUUAAUGUUAUAAAAGAAAAUACAUGUCUAUACUAGACUGCUCUCAAGUCCUCUAACCCAAACAAGUCACUCCAGAAAUGUCUCUUUCUAACUCAAACUAACCUGUUCCUGUCAUAUUUACUCGACUUCCUGUUGCUUGAUGCAGUUUGCUGUUAAUGUUGAUUGGAUGUGUAUUUUCCGAUGUUGAGAUUUAUUUUUAUAUGAAGUUCAGAUGCCAUAUCAGUGUAUAUGUACUGACUCAUGCUGUCAGAAACAAAUGCCUUAUCUUCCUCCUGAUAAAGAUUUAUUUCUUUGUGAAAUGAUGUAACAUGUAACUAAUAUUUAGUUGCCAGGCCAGUGAGUCUGCAUAAGUAUUGCUACACAAAGCUGCCGACUUGAGCUGUUUUCUGUCCUUGUUCAAAUGGAAUACAACUAUAUUAAAAGCAUUCUGUUGA